CUUUACUUCACUCAGCUUCAUUGAAGACAACAAGACUUACAGGACCAAAGUCAUCAUGGAACGUGAGAGGCCAGUAAUCAUCAAUUCACGGAGCAGAUGCUACAAAGUGACCAGAGUGUGUCUGGGCCUGAUGUAUGUUCUCCUGCUGCCUGCCAUCACAGCGAUGCAUGUUACAUUGGAGAGUGAUCAGUCGCAGGCCAAUGCCAACAAGAUGAUGAAGGAAGACCAGUUAGAGCACUUAAAGACCAGUUAUGAGAAACUGAAGACAGAGAGAGACCAGUUACAAGCCAGUUACAAUAACCUUGCAACAGAGAGAGAUCAGUUACAGGACAAAGUGAAGGAAAUAACUAAAGAAAAAGACAAACUGGAGGCCCAUUUCAUCCUCACGAGAAUCCUAUUGGACCGGCUACAGAAGGAGAAAGAUGGACUUCAGAAGAGCUUCACUGAUCCUGGAAAUUUCAAGGUUGGAGACCGGGUCAGGGUGAAAGCCUCUGUUACUACUCCAAAAUACAAGUGGGGAAGUGCAUCUCACAGCAGUGUUGGUGUGGUUACAGAGGUUGGUGACGAAACUAUGAUGGUGGAUUUUCCUGAGCAUAAAUCUUGGAAGGCUGCAAUUUCUGAAAUGGAACUGGCUCCCAGUAGGGAUUCAGGAUGCAUCAGGGUUGGAGACCGGGUAAAGGUGAAAGCCUCUGUAAGUUCUCCAAAACAUGGAUGGGGAGAUGUCACUAGCAAGAGUGUUGGUGUGGUUACAGCUCUGGAUGGUGAAAGUUUGACCAUUGAAUUUCCUGAGCAUAAAUCUUGGAAAGGUCUAGUUUCUGAAAUGGAACUGGCUUCCAGUGCUGACUCAGGAUACUUCAGGGUUGGAGACCAGGUCAGGGUGAAAGCCUCUGUUAAUACUCCAAAAUAUGAGUGGGGAGAUGCCUCUCACAAGAGUGUUGGUGUGAUUACAGCUAUUAAUGGUGAAAAAAUGACUGUAGAUUUUCCUGAGCAUAAAUCCUGGAAUGGUUUAGUAUCUGAAAUGGAACUGGCUCCCAGUGCUGACCAAGGAUACUUCAGGAUUGGAGACCGGGUCAGGGUGAAACCCUCUGUUAAUACUCCAAAAUAUGAGUGGGGACGUGCUUCUCACAAGAGUGUUGGUGUGGUGAAAGCUAUUAAUGGUGAAAGUAUGACUGUAGAUUUUCCUGAGCAUGAAUCUUGGAAGGCUGCAGUCUCUGAAAUGGAACUGGCUCCCAGUGCUGACUUAGGACAAUUCAGGGUAGGAGACCGGGUCAGGGUGAAAGCCUCUGUUAGCUCUCCAAAGCAUGAAUGGGGAGGUGUAUCUCACUCAAGUGUUGGUGUGGUUAAAGCCCUUGAUGGUGAAAGAAUGACUGUGGAUUUUCCUGAACAAAAAUCUUGGACAGCUGCAGCUUCUGAAAUGGAACUGGCUCCCAAAGCUGAAAUAUUCAGAGUUGGUGACCGGGUUAGGGUGAAAGCCUCUGUUAGUACUCCAAAAUACAAGUGGGGAGGUGCCUCUCACAACAGUGUUGGUGUGGUUUCAGAGAUUGAUGGUGAAAGUUUGACUGUACAUUUUCCUGAGCAUGCAUCUUGGAAAGGUAUAGUUUCUGAAAUGGAGCUGCUUCCCAGUGCAUACUCAGAAUUCUGUAAUUUCAAGCCUGGAGAUAAGGUACGAGUGAAAGCCUCAGUAGAAAAACCAAAAUACCAAUGGGGAUCUGUCAGUCAUAAGAGUGUGGGCACGAUCAAAGCUCUGAAAAUGGUGGUGGACUUUCCUGAGCAUUCUGAUUGGAGUGCAGAUGCCUCAGACAUGGAACUGGCUCCAUAAUAAGUAAAUAAAGAAGACCAGAUUACAGCAUGAAUCUCCACAAGAAAAAUAUUGCCUAAUUCAAAAUGAUAUGCAAGUGAAUAAAUCAAAAACUGUGAUUUAACUGUAAUCUAAAUGUUGUCAGUAAAAUCAUAUCCUUAACUAUCACUAUCAGAUUUUGUGCAUAAGGUUGUCUAAUGAUGUUAACUAGUUUUGUGUCAUAUGCUUGAAUAUAAAUCAAUCAUAUUUGAAACAUCUGAGUAAGAUUUGUCUGUUUUACCUUCCCACUUAUAAAUUAAUGUGACAAUCCUGACUCUUUACAAUAAAUUUAUUUAUAUGA